CUAAAAUAUUAGAAUGUUAGAGCUUAAAAGUCAUCUAAAUAAUUUUAAAUUGUAUUAUCUUGUUUUUGCAAAUUACAGAACAUCCUUUCGUAAACUCCCACUAAUUUAAUUGCGGCAAAGUAAGACAAAGGAGAAGUACACCUAAUAACUCGCUGUAAUUGAGCUGUCACCCUCAGUUUCAUCCAUCAUUUCCGUUUAAUCUUAAGAAAUUGUAAUAUAUUCUUUGUAACAUGUGUUGUACUCGGUAGUCGGCAUACUUUGUAUUAAUCCAAGCAAAGUUAUAAUUUGUUAUACACAAAAACGUUACAAAAAUGGCAGAUCGAUGUGAUAAGGUUAGAGUGCCAUCGAAUGCACACUUCGUGCUCGUUCACGGCGCCUGCCACGGCGGGUGGAGCUGGUACAAAAUCCGAUGUCUACUUGAAGGCGCCGGGCAGAAAGUUAGCUGCCCGGACCUUAGUAGCUCCGGGAUUGAUCCAUCGGAUGCUAAUACUAUCUUUACUUUCCAAGACUAUAAUAAGCCUGUUGAUGAUAUUUUAGCAAGCUUACCACGAGGUGAAAAGGUGAUUUUGGUGGGGCACAGUGCAGGAGGGCACAGCGUAACAGAGGCUGUCCAAAAUCAUCCUGAUAAAAUUCAAGCAGCAGUAUUUGUUGGCGCAACAAUGCUCCGUAAUGGAUUCCAAACUGAACAAGAUAGAAUUGAAGGAGCACCUGACUUGUCUAGAUAUGGGGAAAUAUAUGACUAUGAAUAUGGUCAAGGACAUGACAACCCUCCAACUAGUGUCAUUUUCAAGAAAGAGUUUCAACGUGAGAUAUUAUACCAAAGGAGUCCUUUAGAGGAUUGCACAUUGGCAGCAAUGCUUCUUAGACUAUGCCCAGUAAGAGCUCUUAGUAGGGCCAUGUUUCCCGAAGGUAAGGGCUCUGAUAAGGUGCCACGUGUUUACAUCAAGACGUUGCAUGACAAUGUCCUAUCACGUGAGCAGCAAGAUGUGAUGAUCAAGAGAUGGCCACCGUCUAACGUUUAUGAAAUUGAUAGUGAUCAUUGUCCUAUGUUCUCCAACCCUUCUCAUCUCUUUGGCUUACUUCUUAAGGUUGCUGCUAAUAGUGGUGAUAAUCUAUUUUAAGACCGUCAUUAACAAAAGACAUAUUAGUGUAACUAAGGGUUUAUGUACUACUUUCAUUUCUGAAUAACCACGCACAUAUUAUGGAAAAAUCUCGUCUAACUCCAUUCAUCAUUCACGAAUAAUCAUGGCCAUUAUUGAUAUUCUUGGGGCGCAUUCCAAGGGAUACGCUUUGUUGACUCUAAUGAACAAUACAGGGGGGAUGAAUUGUAUUAUUGUAGAGGAAGUAGGGUAAUUUUUGCAGAAUUAAUAAAAUAAAGCUUAAAAGAAACUUAAAGUGCGAAGAGAGAUUUUACGUAGAAAACUUCUUAAUCCUAAUCAAGAAGAAAAACCACGACUACAAGGGAUUUUAAAACUCAACUCUUAAUUAUAAUAGGGCAAACAACCU